AUGGAGAACUCUCAUGUUACAACUGAAUUUCACAGUGAACACCACUGUGUGUCCAACUACAAACACCACUUCGACAACUUCAACCCCGAUCUCAACUCCAAGCACUGCUUCAACAACCAUGACUUCAACCCAGAGUCCGGCUCCAAGUACCACUUCAACAACCAUGACUUCAACCCUGAGUCCAACUACAAGCACCGCUUCAGCAAGCACGACUUCAACCCCAAGUCCAGCUCCAAGCACCGCUUCAACAACCAUGACUUCAACCCUGAGUCCAAAUCCAAGCACCGCUUCAACAACCAUGACUUCAACCCUGAGUCCAACUACAAGCACUGCUUCAGCAAGCACGAUUUCAACCCCAAGUCCAGCUCCAAGCACUGCUUCAGCAAGCACGACUUCAACCCCAAGUCCAGCUCCAAGCACUGCUUCAACAACCAUGACUUCAACCCAGAGUCCAGCUCCAAGCACCGCUUCAACAACCAUGACUUCAACCCUGAGUCCAACUCCAAGCACUGCUUCAGCAAGCACGACUUCAACCCCAAGUCCAGCUCCAAGCACCGCUUCAACAACCAUGACUUCAACCCUGAGUCCAAAUCCAAGCACCACUUCAACAAGCACGUCUUCAACCCUGAAUCCAACUCCAAGCACCGCUUCAGCAAGCACGACUUCAACCCUGAGUCCAACUACAAGCACCGCUUCAGCAAGCACGACUUCAACCCCAAGUCCAGCUCCAAGCACUGCUUCAACAAGCAUGACUUCAACCCAGAGUCCAUCUCCAAGCACCGCUUCAACAACCAUGACUUCAACCCAGAGUCCAGCUCCAAGCAUCGCUUCAACAACCAUGACUUCAACCCUGAGUCCAAAUCCAAGCACCACUUCAACAAGCACGUCUUCAACCCUGAGUCCAACUACAAGCACCACUUCAGCAAGCACGACUUCAACCCCAAGCCCAGCUCCAAGCACCGCUUCAACAACCAUGACUUCAACCCAGAGUCCAGCUCCAAGCACCACUUCAACAACCAUGACUUCAACCCUGCAUCCAACUACAAGCACAGCUUCAGCAAGCACGACUUCAACCCCAAGUCCAGCUCCAAGCACCGCUUCAACAACCAUGACUUCAACGCUGAGUCCAAAUCCAAGCACCACUUCAGCAAGCACGUCUUCAACCCUGAAUCCAACUCCAAGCACCGCUUCAGCAAGCACGACUUCAACCCUGAGUCCAACUACAAGCACCACUUCAGCAAGCAUGACUUCAACCCCGAGUCCAACUCCAAGCACCACUUCAGCAAGCACGACUUCAACCCUGAGUCCAACUCCAAGCACCACUUCAGCAAGCACGUCUUCAACCCUGAAUCCAACUCCAAGCACUGCUUCAACAACCAUGACUUCAACUCCGAGUCCAAAUCCAAGCACCACUUCAACAAGCACAACUUCAACCCUGAGUACAACUCCAAGCACUGCUUCAACAACCAUGACUUCAACCCCGAGUCCAACUCCAAGCACUGCUUCAACAAGCACGUCUUCGACCCUAAGUACAACUCCAAGCACCACUUCAACAAGCAUGACUUCAUCCCUGAGUACAACUCCAAGCACCGCUUCAACAAGCAUGACUUCAUCCCUGAGUACAACUCCAAGCACCACUUCAACAACCAUGACUUCAACCCCAAGUCCAACUCCAAGUGCUUCAACAAGCACGACUUCAACCCAGAGUCCAACUCCAAGCACUGCUUCAACAAGCACGACUUCAUCCCUGAGUACAACUCCAAGCACCGCUUCAACAACCAUCACUUCAACCCCGAGUCCAACUACAAGCUCUGCUUCAACAAGCACGACUUCAACCCAGAGUCCAACUCCAAGCACUGCUUCAACAAGCACGACUUCAUCCCUGAGUACAACUCCAAGCACCGCUUCAACAACCAUCACUUCAACCCCGAGUCCAACUACAAGCUCUACUUCAACAAGCACGACUUCAACCCAGAGUCCAACUCCAAGCACCGCUUCAACAAGCACGACUUCAUCCCUGAGUACAACUCCAAGCACCGCUUCAACAACCACGACUUCAACCCAGAGUCCAACUACAAGCUCUGCUUCAACAAGCACGACUUCAACCCAGAGUCCAACUCCAAGCACCGCUUCAACAAGCACAACUUCGUCCCUGAGUACAACUCCAAGCACCGCUUCAACAACCAUGACUUCAACCCCGAGUCCAACUACAAGCACCGCUUCAACAAGCACGACUUCAACCCAGAGUCCAACUACAAGCACCACUUCAACAAGCACGACUUCAACCCAGAGUCCAACUACAAGCACUGCUUCAACAAGCACGCCUUCAACCCCGAGUCCAACUACAAGCAGUUCAACAAACACUCCUCCAGUAGCUGCAGCAUUCAACUUGGUCUUUAG